CCACCGCACGCAUGCGCGAGACAACACUGUUUACGCGCCAAUAUUUAACAAUAUCGAAUCGUAGAAAAUAAAAAGUUUGUGUUGUGCUAUUAAAUCGAACAUGAAGUAUAAGGUGAAGGACAUCGACUCGGAGAGCCAGCACUCCGUCCGAGCCCCCGACAACAAUUUAGAAGAGAAACUCGAACGAACAGUAAGAUGGUCUUCGGUGCUGAUAGGGGCCUUAGGCGUGUCUCUGAUCGCUCUCGCUAUAUACACCACAGUGCUGGUCCUCACGGAUUACAAGAACCCGAAGCCCUGCAUGAGCGAGGCUUGUGUCAACACCGCGUCAAGAGUAUUAGAAGCCCUCAAUAAGGAUGUGGAUCCGUGCCACGACUUCUACGAGUUUGCCUGCGGAGGCUGGAUCAAGAAGAACCCAGUACCAGAAUGGGCUACAUCUUGGGACCAGCUGGCGAAACUACGCGAACAACUAGUGGUAGAUCUUCGAGAAGUUCUGGAGGCUGCAGACGACGAGGGUCUUCCACAGAGCGUGAUCAAAGCGAAGAGCUUAUAUAGAACUUGUAUUGAUACCGAUAAAUUGGAAGCUCAAGGGAUUAAGCCCAUACAGGAACUUUUAGAAAAACUUGGCCUGCCUCCCACUCCACCAGUGAACGUCAGCGCCAACUUUACAUGGGAGGAUGUAGCUGGACGUGGACGAAGGAUGUUGGGCCUCAACGUGCUGCUCAGCAUUCAGGUCGCUGAGGACGUGAGGAAUACCAGCAGAAAUCGUGUUGUGAUCGAGCAAGUCCCUCCAGGCUUCAGCGAGCGCUACCUCCUCCGUCCGGAGCAGUUCAGCCACGAGAUAGAACAGUACCAUUUAUACAUUAAAUCAGUGAUCAGCAUCGCCGACCCUGACACCGACGCCGAGAAGUUUGCUGAUGAUAUUGUAGACUUCAGCAAGAGUCUAGCAAAGAUAAUGACCCCGGUGGAGGUGCGGCGCGGUGGCACUCAUCUGUUUCACGAGGUUUCCGUGCGGCAGUUCGUGAACGGCUCCGCCGGCGGACCCGCGCAGUGGGACCAGCACGACUGGGACAGGUACCUGGAGCUGGUGUUCGCCAACACGAGCGUGGGGCUGCAGCAGGACUCCGACCGAGUUAUUGUCAUGGACCUCCCGUACCUGCAAAAACUGGCCGUGCUGCUCAACGAGACCGAGCCUGUUAUCGUCGAGCGCUUCGUGUGGUGGAGCGUAUUCUCGACGGUGGCGCCCAUGACGCUGAGCUCGUUCCGCGCGCUGGGCUUCGAGUUCUCGCGCGCGGUGUUCGGGCUGCAGCAGCGCACGCCGCGCUGGAAGUCCUGCGCCUCCAACGUCAACGCCAACUUCGGCGUCGCGCUCAGCUACCUCUACGUCAAGAAACAUUUCGACCAGGACUCCAGGCAGAAGGCCAUAGAGAUGAUAGAGGACGUGCGUGAGGCCUUCUCCUCCAGCGUGCAGCGGCUGCGCUGGAUGGACGCCGCCACGCGUGCGCGCACGCUGCGCAAGCUGGCCGCCAUCAGGACCUUCGUGGGCUUCCCCUCCUGGCUGCUCACCCACCGGCAGCUCGACCAACAUUACCAGCACGCGGAGGUGGUGGAGGGGAGCCUGUUCGGGACGUACCUGAAGCUGACCUGGGGCGCCGUGAAGAAAUCUCUGGAGUCGCUCAGAGAGAAGCCCGACAGGAACAGGUGGGUGGCCACGGCGACCACUGUGAACGCGUUCUACUCGGCGACCCUCAACUCAGUCACGUUCCCCGCGGGCAUCCUCCAGCCGCCCUUCUACGGAAACGGGAUCGAAGCAAUCAACUACGGUUCAAUCGGCGCCAUUAUGGGUCACGAAGUGACGCAUGGAUUUGACGACCAAGGGCGUCGCUACGACGAGGAGGGCAACCUGAAGCAGUGGUGGUCGGCAGACACCCUCGAGCACUACCACGGCAAGGUGCAGUGCAUCAUCGAUCAGUACAACAAGUACCACAUGGCGCAGCUGCCCAACUACACGAUAAACGGCCUGAACACGCAAGGCGAGAACAUCGCCGACAACGGCGGAGUGCGCGCCGCCCUCGACGCCUACCGCCUGCACGCCGCCCGCGCGCCCGCCGCGUCUGCCGCGUCUGCCGCGCCCGCCGCCGACGCGCUGCCUGGACUGCCGCACUACUCGCCUACGCAGCUCUUCCACUUGGGAUUCGCUCAGAUCUGGUGCGGCAACUCCACCGUGGGAGCGCUCAAGUCGAAAAUAGUAGAAGGCGUCCACAGCCCCAACAAGGUCCGAGUGAUCGGCACCCUCAGCAACUCCGAGGAGUUUGCUGAAGCUUGGAAAUGUCCCGUCGGGUCCCCCAUGAACCCGGAGCACAAGUGUGUGCUCUGGUGACCUGACCCUCGACAGCCGAACUAGUGAGGACUGAGCAACGCGGCGAGGCUGGCGAGGCUCGGGCUCCAGGGCUGAGAGGGAUCGCGGGCAGCGCCUCAUGUGCUAGUUAGGGACGAACAAUGUUCUUGGGUAACGACGUUUCUUCAAUGAGAUAGAAAUUUGAAUUUAAUGAAAAUGUAAUUGGCCCCGAGAA